CAACACUGACUGCUCUGAUAUGGUCUGUACAUUGGUACAGAAAUGUGUUGCUGUGUCGUAUGCCUGGACAGUCCAGUGAGGAAUGCACAGUGUUGCUCAUAAAGCACGCGUGCAAGGCCAGACCUCCUCGCCUCCGCAUUUGUGGCUGGUCGUUGCUCGGCUCGGCGCUUCGCCCCUCGCCUCGCGAUCGCACUUUGUGGGAGACACAGCAGGCUUACACAUGAGUAGUCCAAUAUGGAAGUGCUAGAAUGAUCCAAAUAUGGCUGCACUGAAGCGAUCAAUCUAGGACGCGUCACGUUACCCUGAGAGAAAGACCGUAUGAAUGGAAAACAUAGGAGCACAGCUACCGUGCGAUCUAAUGUAUGCACAUGUGAAGUACAGACAGAGCGACAGGCAGGCAGACCUUUCUCUACAGACCUCCAAAGACAAAGAGGCACUCACAGCUCACUGAGAGACACACAGACACGGGCGCAUGAGCCAGCUGACCUUCACAAAAUUCAUCAGCUGGCCACACGAUCUGACUUCUCGCUUUUGACAUCACCAACAGAACAUAAGAAGGCAGACGUACAGAACCAGACAAAUGCCCCGGCUUCACUGAUUCUUCUUGCAUGCGUAUGAUUUGACCACUGCUGAUGCCUUCAGCCGUUUGCCGUUGGAGUCUACCGCCACGACCUGAUAGUGUUCGCACACCUGUCGAGCACGUUCCACCUUGACGAAAUGCUCGAACUGUUUCCGGUCAAUUGUCUUGGUCAAGCGCUUGGGCGGGCCAUUCUCUCCUUGGUACACCAACCACUGUAAGCGCAAAAGGGCAAAGAGCAAUGAUUCGUGGCUACAUCUGUACUCUGUCGAACCUUGGCGACGUUGGUGGCCCCAUUCCAGCUGAAGUGGAUCCUCGGAAUCUUGUCCUUGUUGCUGCUGUCGAGAACGAGGGCUGGUGGCCAGUGCGGCUCGGCCCACCACUGGUCGCGUGUGUAUUUGUGGGCGCUGUGGCUGUUCUGCCCAUCCUCGAAAUACAUCUCCAUCACCACCUCGCCUGUGCGCGCAAGGAAAGAAAGACAUAAGCCAUAGGGUCUACGUAGAUUGUCCAUCUUUCUUUCUGCGCUCCAACGAACCAUUUGGUUUCACUUCGGUGUAGAAAGGGGCUGACCAGUCGCCUUGCAUGCUGCGUGCACAAGGACAGGAGGGAACAGCGAUGUGGAAGACAAAUGUGAGGUCUUCCUACUCGGGGCCGACUCCCAUGCCUCCCCAACAAAUGGCAGUGUUGCCGUUCGACAGCCUGGAGGACAAAACGGCUCAACGCAUGUGUCGGGGCUCGUCAGACUUCUGCCUGUGUGUGCCUACCUCUGCACGCUUCCAUUGGCUAGGGAGUAGAUCUGGUUGCCAUGUGUGUACUCCCACACCUUCGUGGCAGUCUUGGCCUUGUGAUCGAGCUGGUACUCGACUGCCCUUGCGACCUCGCCGUCACUGAACACAUGAUGCAUAAAUACACAAAUGACUUGCACGGGCGCAUAAGCGAACUGAUUUGUACAGCUUUUGUGCGUACUGGUUCACAUGAUUGUCGAACAUGAGGAUGUCUGUGACAGGAGGGUGCACAAGUACGUGUCGGUCGCCUGUUGAGACGGAUUCCAUGCUCACUUCCGUUUUUUAUCUCGUGGGCAAAGUGCUGGAAGGCGAACGGUCGGGGCUCGUUGACGAACUUGAAGUCGCUGAACCCGUGAUGCCCACCGAGCCGCCACAUGACGUCUCCUGUCCGCCUGUUGACCUUCAUCACACCUGUGUAUUCACAUACAGACGCGCAUGUCAUUUUCUGACAAUCGGAUGGGAGGUGGUGGCCACGUGUCCUGCUCACCCAUGUGUCGCAAGGAAUAGACGUGGUUGCCAUCCGGGGAGCGGGAAAUGCCAUUGGGAUGCUGAAGAUUGCAAUCAAUCACAGUACAGACAGGGACAUCUAGUGAGCAGCGUGCGCGCCAAUUCGAUGUGCCGACCGCGACGUCCCCUUGAUCGUUCAGCAUCCCAAACUGAAGCAUCUCGUCGACGGUCAUGUAGUCCCACUGACAACACAAUGUGAGAAGAACAAAGAACAGAUAAGGUUGACGCACGCAGUGGGUGUGGGUCGCCUACCAUUCGCCACUCAAAGACCGGGUUUCCGUAUUUGUCUUGUUCCGUGAAUACUGCUGCGUUGAUCCUGACAGUCCUCCCCUUGUGGCGCAUGUACUGCGUGUCCUCGUGCAUCAUAAUCGCCCCUCCAUCUUUGUCGAUCUUGAAGUCAUGGCCUGAGCAACAUAUCCGAGCCAUCUGCUGCCCCUGAGCCAUGUGGACGUGUGAGCGCAUACCAUCCUUCUUGUAUCCGUGGGGCUCUGUAAAGGUCUUGACCUUUUUGAAGCGGUGGUCGAAUAAGGCCGCAUCGAACGAUAGCAUCUUGGCGUCCUGAGCACACAAGGGCAUGAUGUAUCGUUGUGGUCUCAGCGCCUCUCGGCGCCACCUUAUUUACCGUCACAAUGAGGUUCCCUCGUGAGUCAUACAUACCCGGGACCUCGGUGAAGAAGACAAUGUCGCCCUCAUUGUCCAGCAUCAUCAACCUGCACACGGGAAAGGCGCCCUCUGCACAUGCGUUGCUGCCCCAGGAGUGUGAAUGAUUGUGUGCACUCACCAAGGGUGCUCACGCUCGAACUCCCUCUGGUUGGUGGGUCCCCUCCGAUUACUGGCCACACAGCGGAAUGGAGCAGGGGUCUAGAUUUCUUCACGAGGCGACCGAUUGCUUACGUGAAGAAGACGUAGCCCUCCUGCACCCCCUCCUUCGCAGGAACGGACAUGCGGAUACGCGGGAAGUAGGGCGGAAUCGUCUUGUAGUUACUGAAGGUCUCCACACGUGUCGAGAGAAAUGAGUCUGGACGUUCUCUCUUAUUGCUCUCGUCACGCUUACCGCUGCAGGUAUUUCGCAACCGGGAAGGUGUUCAUGAGUUCAAAGCCGUUCUUGAAGCCGAAUGUUCCUCUCAUCAUGGUGUGGUUGCUGCCCUCUCUCACGCCACGAGGGAUGAAGUAGUCGUCCAUCAUGCCGGAUUUGGCAUCGUCCGGGACAGACGGCGGGUCCAACACGUAGCUCUUCCCAACUGACACACGUAUCAGUGCCGUCACCCACACCCAUUCAUCUAUGUGCGGCCUCUCACCUGGCCUGAUUUUCCUUCGCUGCUCCUGUAGCUUUUCUCGUUUGGACAGUGGGUCUGUCGAGAAGGGGAGGCUCUCACGAACAGUGAAUCGCCACUGCAGCCCUCCUGCGAAGCCAGCAGCGGUCUUGAGGCCCCCCAGCACGCUCACUUGCACCGAUUCGCCGAGCUUGAAGGGCUUGUUGCCUCGAAAGAUCACUGUCUGACCAUCUGAGCGAGCGAUGGCAAAGAAAAACACAAGUGAAACGUGUCUGUUCCAUUCGCUGACCUGCCGCAAGCACGAUCUCUCCCUGCACGUUGCCCGACUUGCUACCGUGGACCUUGAUCUUGCCCUGGAUGGACUCCGCUUUGAUGAGUGAGCCUUGCCUGACGGCGAUGGUUGUCAGCGGUGACACGAGCUGCGCAUCGAGGCGGGGAUGGAUGUAUCUGAAUCGAACACAGCACCAAAUACAACGUGCAUCGGGUCAGUGCCACCAUGAGGACUCACUCGAAUGGGCCGAACUGCCGCCCGAACUGCCGCCCGCUCCCUUCCAGAGCCGCCAAGGCGCCAUCGUCAUCAACCUCAGCUUCGGUAAAAGAAGAAACCCAAGACCAGUUCAGCGCGACGACGCAGAAGACGAAGUGCCGCCGCAUUUUGACUCUUUCUCUUCAGAAUUUGCUUCCCUCUCCCUCACUAUUUCGGCGCAUUGCGGUUGAAAACUGCGUGUUGCAGACAAAGCCGCUGCUAGGCUGCGUGUCAUGAGGGCUGGGCCCUUCUUGUGCGUCUUCUCGCCUUCGGUACGAACAUGCCCCCUGACG